UCUACAUCAGCUGAGGAUGAAGAAAAAUUGAGACAACGCACGGAGAAAUUUAAACUUUCAAAUGCUGCUACCGAUCCUAGUUCAUCUAAUGCAUGGACAACACCUGCAAGAAAAAGUUCCAUGGACUCAUUGAAUGAAGAGGAAAGGAAAAGACUCAGAGCACAAAGAUUUGCCUCUUCUUCUACCACUACAACUACUGCUUCCAUUAUUGAUGAGGAGGAAGAGAAAAAACGGAAAAGAGCCGAAAAAUUUGGUAUACCCGUAACUGAAACAGAAGAAGAGAAGAAAAAAAAGAGGGCGGAAAAAUUUGCGAGAGAGAAUGCUAAUUUAAAAGUCAAUACAUCAUCAAAUGUUACCACAUCAUCGGUAACCUCUAAUACGAGUUCUUUAAGCGAGGAAGAAAAGAAAAGGAAAAGGGCCGAACGUUUUAGCAAACCCCCAACGGAUGAACCACAAAAUAAGAAAGUCAAAACUUGA